CAGAAAAGAAGAAGAAGAAGACUUCAGCAGCGGAUAGCAAACUGAUUCGAAGAUGUUAGCCUUGUAAACUGACCUUUUCCCCUUAUUUAUGUCCUUAAUUCCAUUGUGACUAUAAUUUUUACGCUUCGAGGUUACAUUCCAGUGACAAUGACUGAAGAUGUUUACAUGGGAGACCAGCUGAUCCUUGAAGAGGACUAUGAUGAGAACUACUUGCCCAGUGAACAAGAGUUACAUGAAUAUGCAAGAGAGAUUGGCAUUGAUCCCGACACUGAGCCGGAGCUGUUGUGGCUGGCAAGGGAGGGUAUAGUGGCCCCUCUGCCCCCCGAAUGGAAGCCCUGCCGAGAUGUGACAUCGAGUGGCGAUAUCUACUAUUUCAACUUUGCCACAGGCGAGUCCACUUGGGAUCAUCCCUGUGACUUGCACUAUCGCCGUCUGGUGGAGCAGGAGCAUAAGCAUGCCAAGUUGCGGGCUACAGCAGAAGGCCCAGGCCUCAAGAAUGAUAAAGACAAAAAGAAUAAUAAGAAGAAGAAAGAGAAGGUGAAAAACAAGCCACUCAAAGUUCCUGGGGCACCAAGUUCAGCAUUGAAUCCUUUACCAUUAUCAGUGGGCAAACUGCCUCCCCUUAGAGGUUCUGCUGCUUCUGGACUCAGCCCACUUCUUGGACCUGCUUCUGCUGUCCUGGGGUUGCAUGGUAGCUCAUUGGGGUUACAGCCUCUCAAGGAGUCUCUUGGGUAUACUCUGAGUACUGGAGCGUCUAGCAUUGUAGGCAGCCGGGAAAAGGACAAGGUGUCUCCACCUAAAUCUAUAGAUAAUGAUGAUGAUGGUGAUGAUGAUGAUAUAAUCUCAGAAAAUGAGUCAAGUCGUCGUGGUUCAGACAAAUUAUUGGAGCUCAAUCCAGAUACCACUGGAGGACGCCUAAAACAUGAGGGUCAUUGGCGUAGGGAAGCUUCUGGCAUUCCAGGCAGCCAACAGGAGAAAAAAGUUCCUCACUCUCUGUCUGGUUCUGAUAAUGGUGACAAAAACAAAAGCUCAGAUGAUGAGGACAGUGAAGCUUCAGCUGAGAAAGGGACUGAACCAAAGUUAAAGGACUUGUCUCUGUCUGGCAAUAACAGCCCAGAUCCACCAUCAAAGAAGAAUUCGAGGAGCAGGGGUGCUUCUGCUUUUUCAGACAGCCGAAAGGAAAAAAAAGCUCCUCUUCCUCUGCCUGCCACUGAUAACGGCAACAAAAACAAAAGCUCAGAUGAUGAGUCAAAUUCUCCAGGUUCACGUAGAUUAUUGAAAAACCUCUGUCUGGAUCUGGGUUCCCUUGGUGGAGGCCAAAAGUAUGAGGGCAGUGAAGCUCCAGCUGACAUGACACCUGAAUCAGAAUUGCAGGACUUGGCUCAGUCUGAAAACAACAGCCCAGAUCCUCCAUUCCAUCAGAACUCUGUGAGAGGAUGUCAUCUCCUCAUGUCUCCUCCAGCAGGCAGCGUAAGUCAUGUCAAUGAGGAGGGGGCAGAUCCUAUAAGCUCUCAGUCCCAGUCUGCUGAACAGCCAGGCCAGGAGGCAGGGGAGGAGAGUGAUGAAGUAGAGGAGGAUGUAGGUGGAAUAGCUGCCAGAGGUCAAAAUGGAGAGCAAGAGGGAGCUGAGGCAGAGAUAAAUACCAUUGAAGAGAAUGACAAAAUGUUGGCUGGCAGAAACACAAUGGCUGUAGCAGGCAAGAAAGAGGAGGAGGAUGAGGAAGAGAGGGACACCAUAGAGGAGGAAUGCUCUGAAGGGGAUGAUGGUGAGAGAGAAAGCCUGACACAUGGCAAGAAGGAGAAUGAUGAGAAGGAGGAAGAUGGCAGCGACAAGAACGUGCACAGGUACAUUGUACGCGAUAAUGAGAUGACAGUCAGAGAAGAUGAGAGUGAUGAAGGUAGAAAAGAAGUCAUGGAAAAUGAUGCAGUGGUGAUGAGAGGGUGCAAUGCAAAGAAAAUGACAAAGGAGAAAACACUACAAAAGCUUGUUUCCCAAGAGUCAGGAGCAUUUGAGGAGGACAAUGUUGAAGUUCUUGAGGAGACAAUAGGAAGAAAGACUGAGGGGCAGGAAAACCAAAAUGACUCUGCAGAAGAGAAAGCUAGGACAGUACUUCAGAGAAGAAUAAAUAGAGAGGAGAAAGACAGUGAGGCAGAGCAGGCAGAAGGCUGUAUAAACCACAAGGAAGGUCAAAGGAAUGAAAGGGAGGAGGAUGGUGAGAAUGAGGAGACUUUGGAGAGGUGCUCUCUCAGUCGAAGGCAACUGACCCAAAGUGACGAGCAACUGUUGGAGAGAGGUCUGCGGAGCGAGGGAGAAGAAACAGAGGGAGGAAAAGAGGACAAAACAGAUGUUGAAAAGCUGGAAUCCUUGCCAGAGAGUGAAGAGGAUGUCUUCAAGGAGUCUGAGGCAAACAUGGCUCAUGGUCCAACACUAGACAAGCCAAGCAACAUGAUGAUAUUGAGCAGCCUGAAGACACUUGAUAAUAAAAAGAGCCCCCUUCCUGCAGAGAAGUCUGAUUCCAGUAAGAAUGUUGAAGAGGCUUCAUCCUCUGCAGAUGCCCAGCUGUCUGAAGAGGUCCUAGGCGGCCUCUCUGAUUACAACAGUCCAUCAGAGACAGAUUAUAAAGGAGGAAUGAAAACUGAAGACAGUGAGGAUGGUGUGAGGAUGAAGAAGACUGAAGCUGCCAACAGGCAUAUACAGGCCGGAGGAGAUGGAAACCAGCUUGCAAGCUUCCUGUCUAGCCACUCGGACAAAGAAGUGAAAACCAGUGACUCUUUGAGACUGAAGAUAACUGAAUCAACCAGAGGCAAGCUGGUCCGUACUUCCAGAACUCAACUGGAAGACUAUGAACCCCACACAUGUAGCAAAGAGAGUUUACUUGAAGAGGAGCCAAACUUUAGGGUCCAGAAAGACAUGGACAAGGAAGAGGUGGAGAAACAGCAGGAAGAAGGGAACAAGGUGGAGACAAAGAAUGGAAGGAAAGAGGAAGCGGAGAAGAGGAAGACUGAUCAGCAGGUGGGCGAGGAGACGGAGCAUCUGAAGAAGGAGAAGAAGAUUCAUGUCCUCCAGCAGGAACUGAGGAGGAGGGAGGAGGAAGAAGAGGGGAAACUGAAGGCGAAGAGCGAUGAAAGACUGAGGGCUCUGCAGUUCAGUCUCCAGUUGAAGAUGAGCGAGGAGGAGACCAGGCUGAACGAGGAGACUGACAGGAUGCUUAAGGAAAUUAGGGAGUCUGCACAGAGGGAACGAGAGAACCAGCAGCACAGGAUACGGGAGGAGGGCGAAGCCAUAUUGACGGAGUUGCGAGUUACUCUCGAAAAAGAACGAGCUGCAGAAUGCAAUCGGCUCAUGGUUCAGAGGAAGCAGGACAGUGAACACCUCAAGGCCGAAUUAGAAGAGGAGCUGGAAGUUGAGAGGAGGCGUCUCCAGGGAGACAGGGAGGACAAAAUGAACUCUCUGAAAAAAGAGGUCAAAAAGCAAGAGAGGGAGAUGAUGAGUUCAAGAUCUGAGCAAGAAUUAGCAGACUAUCGUCGACAGCUGGCUGAUGUGCUCCAGGAGGUGCGGGAGGAGGUGCAGCGUGAUCACGAGAGAAAGCUGGAGCAGCAGAAGGAAGCUCACAACAGAGAGCUGAACAACAUCAGAAAGAAAUACCUUGAUGAGGAGGGUGCUCAGAGGGAGCGCUUGCGCUUGGCUCUGCAGGAGGACUUGGAUCGCCUGCAGUCCACACAUGUUGUUGAGCUUGACAAACUCCACCUGCAGCUCAGUGCACAGAUACAACAGAUACAACUGACACACACACAAAAGGAGUCCGAACUACAGAAUCUGGAACACAAUUUGGAGCUGCGAGCCAAACAGUUGAAGAGUCAGGAGGCCACGCUCCAAGACAAGGAAGCAGAUCUGAAGAAAAGGAACAAGCUGCUGGAGGCGGAAGAAGAUGAGGUGAACAGAAAGACAGAUUCUCUACCACAUCUGAGCCAGCAGAGAGACCAGCUGAAGGAGGACCUGAAAAGAAUGCAACAGAAGAUCUUUGAAAGCCAAGAGCUCUUUGACAGAAUGAGGGAGGAGAGAAAUAAGGCAAAGCAUGAGGAGGAGAGGCUGAGAGAGGACAGGGACAGAGCCCAGGAGGAGAUCAGGAGGUUAAAAGAAGUCAAUGAGCGAUUGAAGAACAAGGUGUCGCUGCUGCAGGAGAGAAGUGAGCAACUCAGCCAGAGAGUCAGUGAGCUGGAACAAGAAUCCAGCCGUCAGCCUAAAGAUGCAAAGAGAGAGGAAAUGGCAGAGACUACGCUAACUUCCAGUGACCCAAGAGAGCCAUCGCUGUACGUUGAUGACCUCGAGCUUCAGGGAUCUCCUUCAGCUGACAGCCACAACAUCCCGAGCAAAUCCAUCCAGAAGACAAAGACCUACUUGGAGAGGGAGAGCAAGCGGAUGAUGGAGAGACAGGCAACUCAUGCCACUCCCACUUAUGACUCUACCCAAGAAGGAUUGGUCACUGAGGAGAUGAUGAAAACACUGGAGCAGGUUGCUCAAAAUCUGUCAGAGCUCCCACUGACUCUACAGGGAGGGAGCGCUGUCCUGAGGAGGAGAGAGGAGCAGCUCCAGCAGCAGGACAGCGCUGUAGCUGAAGAGCCAUUGUUUGAAGAAUUAUCUCGGCUAGCAGGAGACAGGAAGGUGACCUUUGAUGUGACAGAAUCUGACUUGAGCAGCCUCUUGGAUCCUCUGGAUGGAGCAGCAGGAGGCCAUCCCACCAUGCCAGCCAAAGUGCAAGAGCUAGCAGAAUCUCUGCAAAAGAUUUCAGGCCAGCUUCAUAAAGUUCUUGGUGCACUGAGUUCACUGACCCAGACACAGAGGGCUGUCCACAACAGAGCCUUCCACCAACCUUUAUCCCAUCCUCUGUCCACUCCGGCUCCGUUUGCUGCAUCUCUCGCCUCUCCCCUUGUCGUUCCUCACAAUGCCAAUCUAGGCCUAAACACCUUAGGUACAGAGCCGUGCUGGAACUGGACGUCCCACAGCAGCUCUGUAAAUGCCCCCCUCUUCACCACCCCCAUCACUAACAAGCUCAGGACCUCAGAGGACCUCCUCAAUAGCCAGUGGGGUCCAGUAUUUCCUGGGGCAGCUGUGGAUCCAAUCUCCAGUACAAUGAGGAGCACCUCAUCCUAUUCAGCAUACACUCCUGCCAGCCUGCAGUCCGUACAGAGGUCGGUGAGCAAUGAUGGGCAGAACCUGCAGGAGAUGAUUGACAGCACCAGGAAGUGGUUGGAGAUUCGCAAGAAAGACACCAGCAUACCUCUGCUGACACGCUAUCAAGUUCCGCCCAGCAAGCGUGACCUGGUCCAGCUGCACAUGGACAGUGACAACCAGAUCAGAGUGUGUCAUUACUGAGGCCUUUGGAACUUAAAGCACUAUUUGUUUAGUGAUGUUUACACACCCACACACACAGCCUCAGUUGAGUGUCAUGUGCUCUCUUUGAGUCUUUGUUUUUUGUCCAGGUUUCAAGGUUUUUCAGGGUUUUGUCCAAGAGCCAGGAAGUUUAGUUGAUACCAUCUGAGGGGAAUAAUGCUCUUAGUGAUUUUUG